GGCCCGGGAGGACACGCCCCCCUCUGCUGCUCCGCCGCUGAUUGGACCUGGGGCCUCCUCGCACUCGGAUUUCGAGGCUUUCGGAGAGAAGGGGUCUAGGCGGGACACGCCCCUCGCCCCUGUGCCGCCGCCGAUUGGUUCACGGAGUCGCCGCGUUCGAUUUUGGAAGGCUCGCGGGGCGCUCACACCAAAGCUCGGCAGAGGAUUGGCUGUUCCCGGGCCAGGGAGCGUUUUCUCCGGGGAGCCGCGGCUGAGACCGAGGUGGCCUGCCUCAGGCGGCCAGGAUGGGUACCCCCGCCUCUGUGGUGAGCGAGCCUCCCCCCUGGCAGGCCCCGACGGAAGCCCGGGGCCGCAAGCAGGCCUCGGCCAACAUCUUCCAGGACGCUGAGCUGCUGCAGAUCCAGGGCCUGUUUCACCGCAGCGGGGACCAGCUGGCCGAGGAACGAGCGCAGGUCGUCUGGGAGUGUGCAGGGGACCACCGUGUGGCGGAGGCCUUGAAGAGGCUGCGCAGGAAGAGGCCCCCUCGGCAGAAGCCCCUGGGCCCCUCGCUACACCACUGCAGCCGGCUCAGAAUCACAGAGCCCCGCGCUCCACGGGCCGAUCCACAGAGCAGUGCCACGGAGAUGGCUUCCAGCGAGCAGUAUCUGAACUCCAGGAGGACCAAUGCCAGGAUCCGCCGGAACUGGAGGAAGCCGGGUCCCACAAGCUACCUUCAUCAGAUCAGACACUGAUCCGGGGAAGGGGCUGGGAACAGCUGUAUCUUCCCCAGGAUUCAUAGGGACUUUUGCCAAAGGGUCUGGGGAGGCGAAGAAGGAAGAGAGCUGAGGCAGACAGCCCCACUGCUGCCACUGGCCUGCUCGAGUCAGAACAGGCCCGAAGGCUUCCACUGAGCUGUUAUAUGGGACCCAUUCCUCACCAGAUUGAGGAGAAACAGUGACCGUUCCUGCCUCAGCCCUUCUCAAUUUAACACUAUACCUGGGCUGCAUGAUAUUCCCCUGGGAGUCAAGGACAGGCCCUCAGACUCAGCAUCUCACCACUCCUGCUACUGACCCUCCUACUACUACCGUAACCCGUGGUCCAGCAGCUUGUCCCACACCCCUGCCCCUUCAGGCCAGCACAAGGAAACCAUAGUUUAAGUGGCAAAAUAAAACCAUUCGCAUCAA